UGUCACACGGAGGGGAGACCGCGGGCGAGGAGUGUCGCUCGCGCCCGGGCAGCUACACUCGUUCAUCCUCGAACCUGCCGCCAGCGCGCUCGCUGCUGUGACGUCACACCUUCGCCUGCUUUUUCCUCCGAGAUACAGAGACUGAGGUGGGAAGAAGAGGUUCAUUCAUGGUGACGUCCCCUGCGUGACUCACCAGGUGUCGCGAGUGACUGGCUGAGAAGCAGCAGGUGGCGGGGUCAGGUGGUCGGCUGGCUGGCGAGAUGCUGCUGACCUCCUGCUCCAGCUGCCACAGCGCCCCCUGGAGGUGCGUCCUCCUGCUCCUGGUGUGGGCCGCCGCGCUUCAGGGCAACCGCACGGAGCCGUGCGGCGGGCGGGACUGCGCCACCUGUGGGUGCCACGCCGCCAAGGGAUCAAGGGGUGCCCCGGGCUCUCCUGGUCAGCAGGGUCCACAGGGACCCCCAGGAUUCCCUGGUCCCGAAGGGCCUCCUGGAGAAAAGGGUAAACGGGGAGAAGAGGGGCCUCCUGGCGCUCCGGGACUAAAGGGAGACACGGGAACUCUUGGCAUUCCUGGUUUUCCUGGUUUAAAAGGCAUCCCAGGUCACCCGGGACCAGCUGGAGGUCCAGGUUCUCCAGGUUUUGAUGGCUGUAACGGCACCAGAGGACUCCAAGGUGACUCGGGACCUCCAGGAGAACAAGGGCCUAAUGGUGAACAGGGUUUUCCAGGACCAAAGGGAGUUGCAGGAGAUCUGGCAGUCUACUUCAUCCAGUAUCCUGGCAUUCCAGGGGGCGUUGGACAGUCCGGACCUCCAGGUCCCAAGGGUGGGAAGGGUCGUCCAGGUGCACCAGGGCCUCCUGGUCGUCGAGGGGAGGAUGGUUCCAACAGUCUCCCGGGUCUCCCUGGUUCCAGAGGUCCACCGGGACAGAAGGGCCGAUCUCUUCCCGGGCAGAAGGGCGACGAGGGGGAGCAAGGUCUUCAGGGGCCACCGGGGCCCUUUGAGUACGUGGACCCUCCAGAGGACUUGUACAUUAAAGGAGAGCAGGGUUCUCCAGGGGUCAAAGGAGUGUGUGGUCCUCCCGGGCCGCCGGGUCUGGAUGCUGCCGCUGGAGUCAGAGGAGAGAAAGGGAUUGUGGGACUUCCUGGAGCUCGAGGAAGCUCUGGGAGUCCUGGUCUUCCCGGAACCAAGGGCCCAGAGGGAAAUCUGGGAAGUCCCGGUCUCCCCGGUCUUAUCGGUCGAGAAGGUCUCAAGGGUUUUAAGGGUGACGUGGGUCCCAAAGGUCUGCCGCAGUACUCUGAGGUCACGCACACAGGUGAAGUUGGGGAACCAGGAGCCCCAGGCCCCAGAGGUCCUCCCGGGCAUACAGGACCUGUGGGAAUAGCUGGUCCACCUGGACCUCCUGGCAGAUCGGUCCCAGGUCCUCAAGGUGCACUGGGUACUUCAGGUGUUCGUGGUGUGAGAGGUGCUAAAGGAGACCCAGGUCAGAUGCUUACCGAGGGUCCCACUUCAGGUGAACCAGGAAAGCCAGGUCGGUCCGGACCCAGAGGUCAGAAGGGGAGACCUGGGACGCCUGGUCGUUACUGUGUUCCCGGAGCGCCAGGGGUGUCUGGUGAUGUGGGACAACAGGGCCCACCCGGUGCUUCUGGUUUCCCAGGAGUAAAAGGUCAUCAUGGUGACUGCUCUUGUGGUCCCGCGCUGGCGUUUCAAGGUCCUGCAGGUGUUCAGGGGGCGCCCGGGCUGCCAGGGUUGCCAGGUGUCCCAGGACCUCAGGGAGAGCAAGGAGAGAGUGGCUCCUCUGGGGACAGUGGAGAAAAUGGACCACCGGGUCCCCGAGGGUUUCCCGGUGUACCAGGCUUCAAGGGUCAAAAGGGAGAUUUGACCGUAGUGGAUAUCAAAGGUGAGAAGGGGAACCUAGGCCAGCCAGGUCCUCCAGGUAGACAAGGGUUAGCAGGGAGAAGAGGACUGAACGGGUCUCCUGGAAUCCCUGGAGACCCAGGACAAGAGGGUAUAAGUUUGCCCGGUUUUCCGGGAGACCCAGGAUUUCCUGGAACGCCAGGAGCUAAAGGUUUUCAAGGGCUUUCAGGCCCCCAAGGACCAGACGUAGUUGGAGCGAUAGGUGAACGUGGGAGCCCUGGCCCGCCAGGACCACCAGGGUUGCUUGGACUUCCAGGGACGAAAGGGGCUAAAGGGGACAUGUUGCCCUGUGUCUCCAAAAACCCAGGACUUCCAGGAGACAAAGGGGAGGCCGGUAUCAGAGGUAUCCAAGGUCAGCCGGGGAGGUUGGGUUUUACUGGCAUCACGGGACCUGAUGGCCCUAAAGGGAAGGAAGGAGGGUCUGGACUUCCAGGACCACCUGGUCAGCCAGGUCCACAGGGGGUUGUAGGCGACACUGGAGAAGAAGGACCCGAAGGACUCAGUUACAGUGGAGAAGCAGGCUCGCCAGGUCUGCCAGGUUCUCCAGGACUAAGAGGACCCGCUGGUGACUCUAAUGUCGGACCCUCUGGACCUGUUGGCUUUCCUGGAACACAAGGCCUUCAGGGCCCGAAAGGUGUCCCUGGGCCCCCAGGCAUAGACGGCCUACCAGGAAUCCAAGGUCGGCCUGGAAGUCCAGGACCAAAGGGUCAAAGAGGGCUUAAUGGUGCACAGGGCAUGCCAGGUCCUCCUGGACCGGGACCAGCGUUUUGUGAAUCAGGAGAAACUGGCGCUCCAGGAGUAAUUGGCCCUCAAGGGCCACGUGGUGCCCCCGGCCACUGGCUGUUUCUUUUGAGACCAGGUUUUUUUGGGGAGAAAGGGGAUGUUGGAGAACCUGGUCCACCUGGUAUUGGCCCACCAGGUCCAGAUGGUAAAUCAGGAUAUCCAGGUGUCCCAGGUUUGGCUGGAAUCCAAGGUUCCUCUGGUCCCAGUGGCGAACCUGGAUCGCCAGGACCUGAUGGAGCAAAGGGUUCGCAGGGCUUGGUCGGCAGCCGAGGAAACCCUGGACCUCAAGGACAGAGUGGAUCCCCUGGAGUCCCAGGCAGGCCAGGAAAGAAAGGAGACACUGGGCAAGACGGGACAUCUGGAUGUGAAGGUCCAAAAGGAGAGAAAGGGGCGCGGGGUUCCCCGGGUCCCGCAGGAGAGACUCUUGCCAUCCCUGUUAAAGGCCAGAGAGGGAAGCCUGGUCCUAUGGGCUUCAAUGGGUUUCCGGGUCCACGAGGAGACAAAGGAGUGGACGGUGCAGCCGGUCAACCAGGUUACUCGGGCAUUAGUGGGCCUCCAGGGGACAUUGGUGCCCCAGGUGUCCCCGGGCUUUUUGGUCAACCAGGGCCACCGGGAUCAACAGGAAGCCCAGGACCUCCAGGUCAAAUCGGCUUCCCUGGCGAGACGGGAGAGCCAGGUGACGUUGGAUGUCCUGGUCAGUUGGGUGAACCGGGCCGCCAAGGAUGUCCUGGACCCAAAGGUGAUAAGGGGGAGUCUGUCAGUUGUUCUGGCCCAGCAGGAGACAUGGGUCCUCCCGGGGAGUUUGGCCCGCCAGGCCGUCAUGGACUGAGCGGUGAGGCAGGGAAUCAGGGAUCCGGUGGGCGUCCUGGUUCAAAAGGAUGCAAGGGUGACGCUGGCAUACGCGGACACCCAGGUCCACCAGGUGUCAUUGGGCCAGCAGGUCCCAGGGGUCGUCCUGGUGUCCCAGGUUUUCCAGGAAAUGCAGGUGUUGACGGUCCAGCUGGACCACAGGGGUGCUCAGGUCUCCAAGGAUCUCCUGGGCCACUGGGACUUCAUGGACUUGAUGGGCUGAAAGGGGUGAAAGGGGACAUGGGCACCAGAGGUCUGGGAUCGCCCGGUCCAGAGGGUCCUCAGGGUGUGCCAGGCGAUAAGGGUCCAGUUGGUCCUCCGGGUCCCUUAGGUUCCUCGCUGCCAGGACCGUCUGGACAAAGGGGUCUUCCUGGUCUUAAUGGACCGGAAGGCGUUCUGGGAGAACCCGGGCAACCCGGGCCGUACUGUAAAGACUUGAUCCCGGGGUUUCCCGGUGAAGUUGGUGCACCGGGACCAGAUGGAGAACCAGGGUGUCCGGGUGACGUGGGCCUGCCGGGUCCUAACCCUCCAGUGCCGGGUGAUGAUGGCGACAACGGAGACCUUGGUUGCCAAGGUCUGAAGGGAGAACCUGGACCCACAGGGCCCAUAGGACUGCCUGGAAUUCCUGGGAGUCCAGGUUCUAAAGGACAUCAGGGUUCGAUGGGAUUAAUGGGCCUACCUGGGGAUCGGGGAGCAAAGGGUCACACGGGUGCCCCUGGGCUUCCUGGACCCAAGGGCGUUGUGGGCCUCAUGGGUCCAAAGGGCGAAAUGGGCCGAGUUAAUGCCUGCCCCACCUACCUCCCCCCAACCAGGGGACCUCCAGGACCCAGAGGUCUGCCUGGUACCGUGGGACCUGCCGGUGCACAGGGAGACACAGGUCUUGGUGGACUUAAAGGCAGUAAAGGUGACGUUGGGCCUCUGGGACCACGUGGCCGUCAAGGACCACCAGGAACAAACGGAGAUCUAGGAAUAGCUGGCCGACCGGGUGAGACCGGACCUAGAGGUUCCAGAGGUGACCCUGGUCAGAUCGGAGACCGUGGACCGCCGGGACUUUCACAAGGCCCGAACUCCGGCUUCCUGUUGGUAAUGCACAGUCAAUCCAAGACAGUGCCGUCAUGUCCCAUGAACACGAAGCGUCUGUGGACUGGAUACAGUCUCCUGUACCUGGAGGGCCAGGAGAAGGCCCACACACAGGACCUCGGUCAGGCGGGAUCUUGCAUGCGGCUCUUCUCCACGAUGCCCUUCUCCUCCUGCAACAUGCGAACUUGCUCUUAUGCAAGCAGGAAUGACAAGUCCUAUUGGCUUUCUACCACUGCUGCACUUCCCAGUCUGCCUGUAGGAGGAGCCUCUAUCGGCGAGCACAUCAGCCGCUGCGUGGUCUGCGAGGCGCUCUCAUCCCCCGUGGCUCUGCACAGCCAGACCACUGACCGACCAGAGUGCCCCCCCUUCUGGACAAGUCUGUGGUCCGGAUAUUCUUUUCUCAUGCACACAGGGGCGGGCGACGAGGGCGGCGGCCAGUCGUUGACCUCUCCCGGCAGCUGCCUGGUGGACUUCCGAGCCCAGCCUUUCGUGGAGUGCCAGGGUCCUCGAGGAACCUGCCACUACUUUGCCAACAUCUACAGCUUCUGGCUGACAAGAGCGGACAGCGUUACCUCAAACUCGUCCACCACGCUGAAGGCGGCCUGGCAGCAGCGCGAGAAUAUCGGCAGGUGCAACGUGUGCAUGAGAGAGUGAGCGAAGCCUCGCGCCUGCGGGCCUCAGCCGUAGCGCCGGCAUCGGCGACAGCAACACUGGAAUUGUACAAAAGGUUUAGGUCCGUUGGAUGUUUUCCAUUUUUUAACUUUAGUGUGUGAAAAUCUCCGCAGUUCAUGAACCAACCGCCGACUCAGCACUGCUCACUCAUGCAUGUUGUGUUGUCACUUGCCAAAAAUCCCGCUUUUGCUCUCUGCUUGUCUCAUUUUGAGCCUCCAUCUUCGCAUCGUCUUCGCUACCUGGGGACGUGCAGGUCCUCCUCCUACCUCCUGGUGUGGGUGUGGCAGGGCUGCCAGGUGGUGCGGCGCUCUGUGCUGCUGCCUCCUGGCAAGAAGGUCCUGGGUUCCAUUCCAGCUUCAGGAAGUUCUUCGAGUGAGCGUUUUUAAUCACCUGCCUGGUGGACUGGGGGUCUGGUUCUGGUCCCUUCACUAGCACUUGUUUGUAUUCACCCCUGUGGCCAGUCCCCGGUGCCGGCAGCCAGGACCAGCUACCAUCUGUCCAGAGCCAGCGUCUUCACUGGUUCAACAGAAUCGUUGUUGACUCUGUUGUGGCGUGUGAACGGUGUUAUUCACUCGGGUGAGUCUUCGUCCGACCGCGGAGUGUCCAGUUACUCGCCAGGUCCGGUUCUGACCAUCAGAUGGGAACACGCCGCUGCGUCUGCGCGGCAACUCCCUGACUGUGGCUUUAAUUUCCUGCUUCUUUCAAACGGAUACUCAGACUGGUCGUGGUGACGCUCGUCUCCACCGCCGUGACAUCACCGGCGCUGCAGUUCAACUGUGAGCCCAGAGUCUUUGGGUUGAAGGAGUCGCCUGUGGCGGCUCCAGAAGGAGCCCUCUGUUGCAGCACUGUUCGCUGCUGCCCCGGUCGUGAGCACAGGCAGCGGGCGCUCUGAUCCUGAAGCAGUGGGGGAGUCAGCUGCAGUGCCGUCCUCUCAACUGGUGUCACGGACAGAGAGCUCAGACUCGGCUCUCAGACAGACAGACGGAUCGGUGACAAACGGCAGGUUUUGUCAUCAGAAGUUCAUGACUGACGCAGAACUACAUACAAAAGAGGUUGUUUGGAGUCCAGCUGCUUCCUGUUGGACAGAAGUGGUUUUCAAAAUAAAAGCACUGCCCCAUCGGAGUGGCGUUUGAUUGACAGGUCACAUGUGCAUCCACUAGCCUCCAGGGACCACGUGCGACAGACGUGGUGGAGCUCUGAGACGGAGACGGAGCACGGGUCGCCGAGCUUUACACAGAUGUGACUCGUUUAGAGUCAUGUUAGGAGCUGCGGUGACUUCC